UACACAUCAUUUCCUUCUUUCUGAUAUCACUGGGUGGCAAUGUGCCAAUGUUUCAUCUAUGACUGAGCGUCAAUCUCUCCUUCAAACAUGAUAUCCACCCCUGGUCAAAGGCCGAAUGUUCCUCAAGAAGCCAGAGCUUACUGCUGGCUCACGGCCAUCUCUUUUUCAAGACGAAGCACUUCUGUUCGUUCAGGAUGGGGUGGGACUCUAUGAAGGAAAGUACAAGAUCGAUACAUGCCAAAAGGGGCAUGCCUAUCUAACAUCUCAUCGAGUUUGCUAUGUUGAUGAUAGCGACCCCCGGUCCAAUUCAUGGGCUGUAGAUCUCAGAGAUGUUGAAAAGCAUGAGUAUCAGGCUGGCUUCUUGAAGUCUUCGUCCAAGAUAACAUUGAGCCCUCGGCCGGUCAAAAGAGGGUUUGGAUCUAUACAGAGAGGUGCAACACCUCAGUCGCCGACCUUCCAAAGGAUUGCUUCUUCUUCAUCCCCUACAUCUCGCUCUUCUAGCCCCUUCCGCCCGGGAACUCUAUCUCCAGCAAAUCUACCUGUUGUGGUCGGCACAUGGGUUUGCCCUAUUUGCUCAUUUUCGAACCCUGUGCCUUCCAACUUCGAUCCCACCAUUGCCACAGACUCAUUCCCGUUACCGCCAUGUCUCGCUUGUGGAAUCAAACCACCGUAUCCACUUGUACUAAAGGCCGCCAUUGCAGCCAAUGCGGGGCGAACGACCGAGGAUGCCAAUGCCACCCAGAACCUGGCCGCUCCACAACCUGUUAGACAGUCAUUUCACGAGGACAAGACAAUGUCUGAAAACACUUGUCCUCGGUGCACAUUCCACAAUGCCCCAGGCAUGCGAAUUUGUGAGCUGUGUUCGGCGCCAUUGCCGACAAGUGCCAAAAUUAUCUUUCAAGGUUCAGAGAAUCGACCUGGGUCGCCGGGACCAGAGAUAUCUGGGCUGUCACUUGAGGAAGAUCACGAAGCCCAACCCAUAAAGCUUUCAUUUCGAAAUGGCGGCGACCGAGUCUUCUAUGACAGGUUGAAGAAUGCAAUGAUCCAACGCAAGUGGCUUCUUCAGGUGGCCCCUCCUAUUUCGCAGGCGGGCAGCUUCGGCACCUCAAGUGCGUUCGACGCAACAGCCCCAAGAGAAGAAGACAAGACACGUGUCACAGCUGCGGGGAUUGCAGGACUCGAACAGCGAGGCCUUCAAAGCCGGAAGAAAACUGAGGUUGUUCUUGGCGGCGCUUUCGGAGACCUGGAAGCUCUUAUGGCAUCGGCGAAGGACAUUGUAGCCCUGGCCGAAAAAUUUGCCGACGAAUCAGGUACGGGUAGGGGAAUCUCUGGGACCUCGUCGGAUCCCAUUCUUUCACAGUCCGCUGCGGCGCUGGGGAUGGUCACAACGAAGGACAUUUUGGGCGAGGGCUCCAACACACUCUAUAUUAAUGAACUCGCACGAAACUUAGCCGAAUAUGCAACCGACGACAGAAGGGCAGUACUUCGAAAACAAGGUGGAACAAUGAGUCUGGUGGACCUAUGGGCGAUGUUCAACAGGAGCCAAAACGGAGUAGAGCUAGUCAGCCCCUCAGAUUUCUACAAGGCUGGGGAAGCCUGGGAGCGUCUGGGACUACCAAUCAAGCUGCGAAGAUACAGAAGUGGGCUUCUUGUCGUCCAGGGGCGUGAUGCAAGCGAUGAGAAGACCAUCAGGCAGCUGCGAGACUGGCUGAUCUCGCUUCAGCCCCCAGAAUCUGACGACCCAGUGCUCUGGGAUUGGGAGAACUUCGGUUUUGGAGUUACUGCUCAGCAGGCGGCAGCCAAAUUUGGAUGGAGUUUAGGUGUUGCCAACGAAGAGCUGGAGAUGGCUGAGGAGAAGGGCGCUCUCUGUCGCGAAGAUAGUGUGGAAGGACUCAAGUUCUGGUUGAAUCGUCUGGUCGACGAAGAUGAGGAUUUGCAACAAACUACUUGAAGGAAAGGAAUACCAAGUGAGCCAAAGACGGCGAGAUUCAGUGACCGCUCAUACUAGUCGA